AUGAUGGGUUCGCUGACCCACGGGCUGCGGCGGCUGACCCUGGGAGUGGCGUCUCGACCGCCGCCGACGCCCAACUUUUCGUUCUCGUCGGCGAUGCGGGGCCAGGCGCUGGCAGCGCCUCGGAGGCAGAUGGCUGCGACGGUCGCGGCUGUGAACGUUCAAGCCGCGCAAAAUUCUGAUAGGCGGCAGCGGCGGUCGGAGAAGCAGAGGAUCAGGAACAGGGCCAGAAAAUCGGCGGUCACCACGCGCAUGAAAAAGGUCUUCAAGGCACUAGACACCUUCAAGGAUGAGCCCCCCAAGACAGAGGACGAGCUCAAGCCAGUUGAGUCGCUGAUAUCGGAGGCCUUCAAAGAGAUAGACAAGGCCUGGAGCAAGGGCGUGCUGCACAAAAACACAGCUGCCCGCCGCAAGUCCCGACUGUCCCGAGCAAAAAAUAGGCUGUUGGCUGAUGCAGGCCUGAUUGCGGCUCCCAAAUCGGAUACAGAAGAGGCAUGA